AUGACCAACACUCUAGACAUGACCGACAUCGAGUCCCACGAAGCGGUUGGCACCUACAUUGUCAGCCCAGGGACCGACAACAAGAACCUGGCUUCGGCAGCGGAUGAGAAAGCCUCAGUAGAACAUGUGGCAGUUCUAAAGAAGACGGCAGAUGGCAGCACAAUUCUCAUCCCACAGCCAUGUGACGACCCGGAAGACACCUUGAAUUGGUCGAACAGAAAGAAAUGGAGGGUACUUGCUGUAGUGGCCUAUUGUGCGGCCAUGCCUGAUUCUCAGGCUGGUUUUGGCAUACCUUUGGUGGUACCACAGUCGGUUUACUGGGACAUUUCCAUCCAAGACUCGGGGCGGUCAAUGUCUGGCAAUGUCUUCAUGAUCGGCGUCGGCAGUUUGUUGUCCGUUCCAUUGGUUCAAAGAUACGGCCGCCUUCCAGUGUUGUGGUGGUCCAUGUUUCUCUCUUUCUGGAUGUCACUUGCCGCCACUCUCGUACCUGACCAUAUAUCCUUUAUUGUCGUGCGCUGCUUGCAGACAACUUUCUCUGCAGCGCCCCAAGUGAUUGGUCUGUCGUUCAUCUACGAUAUGUUCUUUUUCCACCAACACGCCCGUGCUAUUGGCAUCUGGGCUUGGGCUUUUGUAGAAUCUCCUUUUGUGGGACCCUUCAUUAGCGGCAUUAUUGCCCAAUAUUACAGUUGGCGACACUCCUUCGGCGCUUGCACCGCUUUCACCGGCGUUGCCGCGCUGUUGGUCCUACUUUUUGGGGAAGAGACACUCUACGAUCGUCACGACAACGCCCAGGUUCCCCCGACGCCAAGAUCUGCUAAGGUCAGACGAUUCUACAUGCUCACUGGGGUCCGCGGCGCCAAAGUGCGAGGGCGACUCUCCCUCGUGACAAGCACUCGAAGGAUCCUCGUUGUGGCGUCCAAGCCAUACUUCCUCCCCCUGUUAAUAUCCUACGGGUUGAGUUUUAUGUGGUCUGUUGGCAUCAACACAAGCUUGAACUUGAUACUAUUUAUGCCUAUUGAUGAUGGAGGUUAUAGCUUCUCGCAGCUUAAUGUUGCACUGCUCUAUAUUGCUCCCAUUGCUGCGACUGCGCUUGGCGAAUUAUUCGGCCAUUACUUCAACGACUGGGUUGCGGACAAAUACAUCCGCAAGCACGACGGGAAAUUUGACCCAGAGGUCCGUCUAUGGGCUGCGGGCAUUGGUCAACCAUUUAUGAUUGGUGGCCUUACUUUCCUCGGCUUUUGUCUGGAACGCCACCUCUCCUGGGUCGCGAUUGCAUUCGCCUGGGGUAUAUAUGUUUUCGGCAGUCUGAUGACAACCGUUGCCAUCACCGCGUAUGCUUUGGAUAUCUUCAAGGAGGAAGCUGCUGAAGCGGCCGCCUUGAUCAACUUCUUUCGAACCAUCGGGGGCUUUAUCGUAAACUACUUCCAGGUACAAUGGGCUGCCGCAGCAGGGUCUGAUGCCAGUUUCGGGACGCAGGCUGCAAUUUGUGCUUUGGCGUGGAUCCUCAUCGGGCUUGUGCAAUGGCAGGGUAGGAACUGGCGCAAAAAUUAA